AUGACUAUUUCUGAUCAUCCAGAAACAGAACCAAAGUGGUGGAAAGAGGCCACAAUCUAUCAAAUUUACCCAGCAAGUUUUAAAGACUCCAAUAACGAUGGCUGGGGUGAUUUAAAAGGUAUCACUUCCAAGUUGCAGUAUAUUAAAGAUCUUGGCGUUGAUGCUAUUUGGGUUUGUCCGUUUUAUGACUCUCCUCAACAAGAUAUGGGGUAUGAUAUAUCUAACUACGAAAAGGUCUGGCCCACAUACGGUACCAACGAGGACUGUUUUGAGCUAAUUGACAAGACUCAUAAGCUGGGUAUGAAAUUCAUCACCGAUUUGGUUAUCAACCACUGUUCUACAGAACACGAAUGGUUCAAAGAGAGCAGAUCCUCGAAGACCAAUCCGAAGCGUGACUGGUUCUUCUGGAGACCUCCUAAAGGUUAUGACGCCGAAGGCAAGCCAAUUCCUCCAAACAAUUGGAAAUCUUUCUUUGGUGGUUCAGCUUGGACUUUUGAUGAAACUACAAAUGAAUUUUACCUCCGUUUGUUUGCGAGUCGUCAAGUUGACUUGAAUUGGGAGAAUGAAGACUGCAGAAGGGCAAUCUUUGAAAGUGCUGUUGGAUUUUGGCUGGACCAUGGUGUAGAUGGUUUUAGAAUCGAUACCGCUGGUUUGUAUUCGAAACGUCCUGGUUUACCAGAUUCCCCAAUUUUUGACAAAACCUCGAAAUUACAACAUCCAAAUUGGGGGUCUCACAAUGGUCCUAGGAUUCAUGAAUAUCAUCAAGAACUACACAGAUUUAUGAAAAACAGGGUGAAAGAUGGUAGAGAAAUAAUGACAGUCGGUGAAGUUGCCCAUGGAAGUGAUAAUGCUUUAUACACCAGUGCAGCUAGAUACGAAGUCAGCGAAGUUUUCUCCUUCACGCACGUUGAACUUGGUACCUCGCCAUUUUUCCGUUAUAACAUAGUGCCCUUCACCUUGAAACAAUGGAAAGAAGCCAUUGCAUCGAACUUUUUGUUCAUUAACGGUACUGAUAGUUGGGCUACCACCUACAUCGAGAAUCACGAUCAAGCCCGGUCAAUUACGAGAUUUGCUGACGAUUCGCCAAAGUACCGUAAAAUAUCUGGUAAGCUGUUAACAUUGCUAGAAUGUUCAUUGACAGGUACGUUGUAUGUCUAUCAAGGUCAGGAGAUAGGCCAGAUCAAUUUCAAGGAAUGGCCUAUUGAAAAGUAUGAGGACGUUGAUGUGAAAAACAACUACGAGAUUAUCAAAAAAAGUUUUGGUAAAAACUCGAAGGAAAUGAAGGAUUUUUUUAAAGGAAUCGCCCUACUUUCUAGAGAUCAUUCGAGAACUCCCAUGCCAUGGACGAAAGAUAAGCCCAAUGCUGGAUUUACUGGCCCAGAUGUUAAACCUUGGUUUUUCUUGAAUGAAUCUUUUGAGCAAGGAAUCAAUGUUGAGCAGGAAUCCAGAGAUGAUGACUCAGUUCUCAAUUUUUGGAAAAGGGCCUUGCAAGCCAGAAAGAAAUAUAAGGAACUUAUGAUUUAUGGUUACGAUUUCCAAUUCAUUGAUUUAGACAGUGACCAGAUCUUUAGCUUCACUAAAGAGUACGAAGACAAGACGCUGUUUGCUGCUUUGAAUUUCAGUGGCGAAGAAAUUGAAUUCAGCCUCCCAAGAGAAGGUGCUUCUUUAUCUUUUAUUCUUGGAAAUUAUGAUGAUACUGACGUUUCCUCCAGAGUUUUGAAACCAUGGGAAGGUAGAAUCUACCUCGUCAAAUAA